UUACAAUCAUUAAGUCCCGAAAUUUAGAUGGGAGACUGUUGAAUGUCUGCCAGUUGAAAAUCUGGAAACUGAACAGUUGACCAAAUGCAAUUUCCUCCCACACACCUUUAAGUCGCAGCGAAUUUUUAAGGGGUUUAGCUCAAGGUAAGUCUGUAAAAGGCAGAUUAUUUUUUAAUUCGGGCACAUUUAUUGGACUAUACGGCUCGCAACCCUCUUUUUUCCAUUUUGUCUUAAAUGCAGUUCCCGCCUGUGUGAAGCCUCAAGGUACGAAGCACAGGAUCGGGGAGUCACGAAGGAGAAAACAGGAACGUAGUGACUUUGUUUACAAUGGUGACGUCACAUCCCCGACGGUCACCAACACGCCCCCCCAUUUUGCUUCCGCGUUCGGAGGAGACGGUCACGUGAGCACAGGUUCGGCCGGUUUUACUGUGUACAGCACUUCCAUCUUCCCCCCCGGAGAAAAGCGAUGGGCGCGGCCACGUGACCUUGUUUUGUUUCUGACAGGUCGGGUGUCCCCAGGCCUCUGUCAGUCGCUCAGUUCCUCACGGAUAGAACGGGCGAGUCCCGAAGGCACCGCGCCGCCGUAGGGAGAGGUGACUCUGAGGUUGGAAGCUGCCAGCCUCUGUAAAUCAAAAUCCAGGUAACUUUAUAUCACCAAAUGGUUAAAUUAAUUUGCACUUUGGCAGACCACAAUGAUGAUGUCAACUAUUGUGCCUUCUCUUCUUCCUAUUUGGCUACAUGUUCCUUGGACAAAACAGUCCGUCUGUAUUCGUUAAACAAUUUUAGUGAGGUUCCUUACUCACCAUUGAAAGGUCACACUUAUGCUGUCCAUUGCUGUUGCUUCUCUCCUUCGGGGCAUAUUUUGGCUUCAUGUUCUACAGAUGGCAACACAAUUUUGUGGAAUACUCAAGAUGGGUUGAAACGGGGAAUAUUGGAGCAUCCCUGUAGAAACCCUCUAAGAAUUUGUCGAUUUUCUCCUGAUUCUACAUAUUUAGUUUCAGGAGCAGCUGAUGGAAGUGUAAAUAUGUGGAAUGUUCAGACCCUAAAAUUGUUUCGAUCUGGUAGCGUUAAAGAUGGAUCAUUGGUAGCUUGUGCAUUUGCUCCUAAUGGACGUUUCUUUGUGAUGGGAUCAUCCUGUGGAGAUCUAACUUUCUGGGAUGACAAAAUGAAGUGCUUACAUAAUGAGAAAGCUCAUGAUCUUGGUGUUACCUGCUGUGAUUUUUCUUCAAGGCCACAUUCUGAUAAGCCAGAUGCUGAUUAUUUCAAAAUGGCAUCUUCUGGUCAGGAUGGCAUAAGUAAGAUCUGGCUCAUUUCAUCUUCUGAUUCUACAGGAUUUGACCUGAGAUAUAGAUGUACUUUAAGUGGACAUACUGCCCCAGUUCUGGCUUGUGCUUUUUCCUCGAAUGGGCAGGUUUUAGUUACUGGGUCUGUGGACAAAACUGUAAUGAUUUUUGAAACUAACACUGGGAGCAGCCUACACAUUUUGACUCAGCAUACCAGAUAUGUUACAACUUGUGCCUUUGCACCAGAUAUGCCAUUAUUUGCUACCGGUUCAAUGGAUAAAUGUGUCCAUAUCUGGCAACUGGAACCAGAACAACUUUUCACAGGAAGUCCUCUGAUACAGGAAUCAAAGAUUUCUGUUGAUAACUGGACAGAAGAAGAUGUUUCUGUUUGGCUUCGAGCACAUAACUUACAAGACCUAGUUGAGAUUUUUAAAAGAAACAAUAUUGAUGGUAAAGAAUUGUUAAAUCUUACAAAAGAGAGCUUGACUGAUGAUUUAAAAAUUGAAUCUCUAGGUCUUCGCAGUAAAGUUUUGCGUAACAUUGAGGAGCUCAGGAAUGAGAUGAAAUCUGCUUCUCUAGAUAUUCCUGAUGAAUUCCUGUGCCCCAUAACCAAAGAACUUAUGAAAGAGCCAGUGAUUGCCGCAGAUGGCUAUUCCUAUGAGAAGGAAGCAAUGGAAAAUUGGAUAAUUAAAAAACGGCGUUCUAGUCCUAUGACAAAUCUCCCUCUUCAGAGACUUGUACUUACCCCAAACCGAACCCUAAAAAUGGCAAUUAAUCGCUGGUUGGAAACUCAGCCAAAAUAUAAUGAAAAGCAAGCACCUUAAAGACUGUCAUUUUUUUUUUUUCAAAAUUAGAGGAAAUAAAUUGAAAGGUAUGUAAAACAUUUCAGCUUCUGCCUAUGGAUACAGCACACUUUUGUUACCGUGGGGAUAAUUGAUGACAUUAGCUCAAGUCCCUUGAUCCUUGACGAUUGUCAGCUAUUGGGUAUUACAAAUGAUUUAAGUGUCUGCUACUGAAUGAAAUUCUGGCCGAAGUGAUAUUUAUAUUAAUGGAUUCCAUAGACGACAGUAGGACUUGGUUUUGAUUAUGUAUGCAUGGGAUAGAACAUUUAAGUUUUAUUAAUUUCAAGAAAAUAUACAGCUUGUAAUAGAUCAUGCGCUGUAAAAAGUUAUUUUGAAAUAAUUAUGUGCCUUUUCCUACUGCAGCUUAUUCGGAUAUCAGAGCUUCCCAAAACUCCCGGGCCCAGCCCAUAGUAGACAGAAAUACAGAAUUGAGGCCAGAGAGGUACAUGGUUGGUUUUUUUGGUUUUUUGCCUCUGUCCUGGAUCUCUAAAUGUACAUAUUUAUGUUCCUGUUUAUUCCAAAGAAUGGAGGAACACCGUGGCCCUGACAGAGAGCAACAGGUGCUUAUAUUUUCCCGCCUCGCCCAACCUUCUUCCAAAUACCUUUGUGAGAUGGGUCUGGUGUCAUGUUUUGUUGAGCUUAGAAAAGAGCUAGCGCAAGGAGCAAGAGCCUGAAGUUAGCUUUCCAGUUCUGAGAUUUUCUAGGCCAUUUAUCAAGUUGGCGUGAACCUGUGCAGUAACAUUUUGCAUGACUUAGUUAAGUGUUAACAGCAGAAUUACCACUUCUUACUACCAGACCUGAAACAAGUCUUCUUUUUAUUAGCUAUUAUAAACAGUCUUCAGAGGACUAUGCUCAAGAAUGAAAUGAAAAACUCAAACUAUGCACAGUUUAACUAAAAGGGCAUCUCAUGAUCAAUUAUAACUUUGUAGAACUGCAGUACACUCCCAUUUCAGUAAACUUUCCAGAGGUGCAGCCUAGAUAUAAGGUUGACAAUUCAACCAAAGUUUUGGCCUGGAAUAGUUAUCAGCUCAUUGGAGAUCAGACUGUUGAGCUGAUCUACAAAUAUUAAACACUCACCUGUGUUCCAACAAUUUUUGGAAGAGAGAAGCGAUCCAUGCAGAUUGUUCACAUAUUUUACGUUUGAAAUGGAUCCUAAUCAAACUUGCGUUAGUGAUGACCGCUCAGUGUUGUGCUGUAAAACUACACUACUGAACCAGAGACUAUAUUAAUAAUCUUUUAUUUAAUAAGAGAAAAAUACAGUAGCUGUGCAAAAAAUAGAUCUACAGAACAAGAGAAUAAGAUUGUACAAAUAUCAAGAUAAACAAUAAAUAAGCUACAGAAUAGAUUAAGUCAUUCCAAAACAGACUUUUUAAUGCUUUUUUAAAAAAAAUGUGUGAAGUUGUUAUAACGUAACAUACAUUCUGUACAUAUGGGAAUAAUUUGUUAAAGGGGCUACAGAAUUUUCCAGCUUAUACAACCAACCUUUAUUACUUACAGGAACAUCCUUACAAAAUGUGCCUCUUCAAGAACAGUUUGUAAUUUAAAUAGAUAUUUCUUACUGCGAUAUUGAGGAAAGUAUCAGUGGCCUUUAUGUAAGCUUUU